CUAAACCGUGAUACGGACAGUAUACGUUUGACUUUCGAAUGUGACGACCACGCGGGAAAAGUUUUACUGACGUCUCGAAAUUCCGUAAGAAAAAUGCGAUCUAUUUCGUUUAAAAAACUUAAAAUAUGACAAAAAUAUUAUAAAACUUUACAAAUGAUGUGUACAUAAAUGAUUGUGGUAAAAAAUGGUUUUUAUUAUGAUGUUUUAAUGUUGAUUUUGUAUGAAUUUUUGACAACAUUAGCCAAUUUAUUUACGAAUAGUGAAUAGUUCAAGUGAUUUUUCAGUGAAAGUGUACCUAUAAAGAUGAAGUAUUCACAUUUUUUUGGUGGAUUUUUGUUUCUAUUGGCUGUUUUAACAGAAAUAGUGCAGCCCCUGUGUGUUCUUGAAUCGGAUUUCGGUUUUAAAAUAAACUGCGCCUUCAAAAAGUCUGGACUAUUCAGGGUACGGAAUCUCGGGGGUGUGAAAGCGCACGCCAGUAUAGGUUUUAGUCUCGGAGACGAGCUGGGUUUCGAGCAGUCUCUCACCAAUCAGGACCCCAGCAGGCGGAGGUCUGUUAGCUUCAAGAAUGGGGCUCCAAACAUUUUAGUCGACACAUCGGGCAGGCCUGCUGGGAAACAGGAAAAACGCGCAAAGCAGAAUAGAAUAAUGAUGAGGCCGAUGGUGCCCCCGAGCCGACCGAACCAAGCUGCGAUGGACAAACUCUCGACUCUUCACCGACGAGUUUCCUCUACGACGCAACCCGUCGCGCCCGGACCAACUAUGGAAUCUCCCACCUUCAAGUCACAACCCAUCAUAACCAUGGCGAAACCUAUGCCGAUGGGUGUACCACCUUUCAAACCUUUGCCUCCAAAGGAAGACACACUGAAAGUUGUACCUCUAGCUUCUUCGAAGAGAACUUACUCCCCACUUCAAAUUCCGCAGUCGCAAGGCCCAGCGAUAGCCUACCAAAGUGAGAAAUAUUACUUAACACCCGACAAUGUAUCCAAAAUGGUCUCGCACAUGACGGCAGUACAAUACCAGCCGGUCAGAGUUGCACCAACACAAAUCACAAGAACUAAACCAACAAGAACAACUUUAAACCCAUUUCUUCCCAUGCCACCAUCAUCGCAAGCUAUAUCUAUCAUACCCGCACCAGUUCUUAAAGAAUCUCUUCCAUCACAUACCUCGUUUUCUUAUAACACUGUUUCUAUUCCUAAAACCAGUCCUCUUUCUAACUUUAUAGACCCCGUUCCUCAUCAAGUUCACGAUCUGGCGAACAACUAUCCAGCUAUCCAAUACAAUAUUAAGAAAGUUGAUGACUACAACACUAUCAGCGGUUACAGCGAUGAUGUGACACUCAAGUUUAAUAAAGAGGAUAUAAAUGCUAAGAUAGCUGAGAUUGCUAAAGCUGGAAACAUUUCAACGGAAGCGGUGGAAGCGGCUAUAGCGUUGAGGCAGCAGCAGUUGUUGAGCAAAUACGCGAACAUACCGAUGCCAACCACCACAACGUCAACGACAACGACAACCGAGCAGCCUGUUGAAGUUUACCAACUUGAGCCCGAGCCGGAGAUCAUAGUGGCGCCGAUACCACAGAAACCAAAAAGAAACCCCACAUCAGGCAAAGUUAUGAACGCUCCUCGAGAGUACUACCCUGUGGGCUACGAAAAAAACUUUGAUGACCAUUUCCAGUCGAAGGUUGACCUGCCAGACACCAGUUUCCAUUGCGGUGACCAGAAAUACUUCCCUGGACUAUAUGGAGAUGAGAAUCUUGGGUGUAUGGUAUUUCACGUUUGCGCCCUCACAGAUGACGGCCUGGUGAUGAAGUCAUUCCUUUGUCCGGAGUCCACACUCUUCGACCAGACCAUCCUGAAAUGUAACUGGUGGUUCUACGUUGACUGCAAGAAUACUGUGAAACUCUACGACACCAACAUUCCUGUGUCCAAGAGUUACCAGCUUAUGAAGGCCCUAACUUUCUUUUCUUCUUACAAGAAAGAGAUGGAGGAAGGCCAAUCCAUGAACCCUGAAGAUGUAGAAGGUGUGAAAGAAGCUAUAACUAUACUUGAAAAUCAAGACUCUAAACCAGCCGCCAGCGAUGAUGUGCAAAUUGUGACACCACUACCCAUAAUCAACGAAAGACAUAGCAAUAAAAAAGAUUAUUCUAAUGUAACAUCACCUGUCUAUCGAGGAACCAGGGAAUAUACUAAUUCAACUGAAAGAAAGAAAUUAAGAAGGCCUGCCCAACCUCAAGAGUUAGGAGACAUUAGACUGAUUACAGUUAAUGCAGAUAUUAAUUUCAAUAGUACCAAAGAAAAUAUAACCAAUAAAACAGAUAUUCCAUCCACGGACAAUUCCAGUGAACGUAAACGAAGAAGAAUAGCUUCUCGUAACAAACAUUUUAAUAGUAAAACGACAAUGCCUAGCACCACUACGACUACCACAAGUACGACUACACAAAAACCUCAAGAAUUAACGACAGCACUCAAAGAAUUAUUAAAGCAAGAAAUACAUGAAAUAGAAAACACUACUACAGCAGAAAUAAAGCAAGAUAAAUUGACAGAUGAGAUUGAAAAUUUAGAACAAAUUGAUCCAAACAUUCUUAAAGAAGCAGAAGUUGCUCCUUCAGUGCGUAGAUUUUAUAGAUCAAGUGCCGAGUUAAAUAAUGCAGAAGAAAAAGAAAUAACAAUUGUAAAUAAUGAAAAAGUACAGAUAGUAAGACCAACACCAAUAUCACAACUUACUGGAGAGUAUCCAACACAAACAGCGACUAUAGCGAAACUAGAUGAAGCAGUCUUAGGUAAAUAUAAUCCGAGGUUCAAGAAAGAAGUCAUCGCGAUGGUGUCCUCAGGGAAACACGAAACUUUUCUACAUCCUUCACGAGGUCGAACAUAGCCCAAAUAUAUUUUCUUAGUCAAUAACUUUACUUAUAGUGUCAUAUAGACCUUGUUAACUUAUUUAUUUCUCAGAUACGUAAGCGUUGGCGAAUGUACUGUAGAUUGCGUAUUUGCUCAAUUUUUACGUUAGUCUAAUCGAAGUGAUAUUACGGUGUAUGUUUUAAUAGUUGUUUAGAAUAAAAAUGUUUCCCGAU